AUAUACAUGAGAUACCAAGAUAUUAGCCAUCCUAUUUUUUUGUAUCGUAGUAAACGCACCUUUUCUCAUAUUUUCGAGGACUUUAAACCUCAAAAAACUAAAAAUCACUCAAUAAUUUAUUAAUUUGCGCAAUUUUGGCUCAUUAACAAAUUCUGCGUCACGAGUUGCACAACCGGAAACGGAAGUCCACGCGAUGCCCACGAGCGUGAUAUAAACAAAGAGUAUAUUGCAAACAAUUGCAAAAUUAAAGAUUACACACUUUUCCAAAUUAGGCAAUAUUUAUUGUUUUUAAACAAAUUUUGCCACAGUAAAUAUGGAAACAAGUCGGCUUAUGUUGUUUGUUAUUGGAAAUAUGAAAGCCAGAGAACGGCAAAGCACUAGGAAGCAGAAUCUACCACGAUUUUACAAAGACUCGGACGAAAGCGAUCAAGGGGAGACCAUAUUUUGCAAGAACAAUGUUUGUGUUUUCAAUGGCAAGAACAUACCGGGCUAUUUGACGUUAAAAGCUUGUACGAUCAACGAUGAAUACACUAGAUUAAUCCUACACUGGACAUCGAAUGCCUUUCUGCAGGAAAGUUACGUAACAGAUGAACAAAUUCGACCUAUGACCACUAAUGAUGAAAAUUUUAUAAAUGAAUCGUUCCCUGGUGUCUUUCACAUAGACUUGACGGAAAUGAAAUCUUUGAAGUUCUUCUUCAAAGAAGAUACGACCUCUGGUCAUUUUGUAGUGGGCAAUCAUGAAAAUCACUACAAAGUGUUUCAUUUUGAUUUGGGCGGAAUGAAUCAUUUAGUUGAAAUUUUUGAAAAUUGGAGCCUGUGUAAAAAGAUGAGACUACCCGACGAAGAGCGAGCCAGAAAAAAAGCGUUUGCUGUUGUGCCCAUAUAUUCGAUCUCGCCAAAUCAAAGCUUCGAGGAAAGUCGGUAUUAUCCGAUGACUAAAGCUAGAUGGAAAACGUUUCUCAACAAAGCUGGGCAACUCGAAGAUGUGCCUAAUUUUCGCAAGGUAUAAUAUGUUGUGAUUGUAUAUAUAUUAAGUAUUAGCUUACGUGGCGUAAUUAUUUUAAUGCGGAACCUAAUAUGUUAAUAUUUAACCUUGUGUCCCAUUAAUUAAUAUCACUUUCCGUAUUACUGUCCUUGAAAUUACGUUUGGAAAAUGUGGUUAGGUACCCACUUAAUGCCGAGUUAAGCAUGUUACUGUAAGUUGAGGUUCGACUGCUUACUUCUGUUGGAUUUCCUAAAGGAAUUCCUAUAGUUUCCUAAAGGAAUUCCUAUAGUACUUGAAAUCCAGUGUGUAAGUAAAAUCUCCUGUGCUACCAAACAUGUCUACCGUAAGCUUUGUCUUGGUAAAGAGACCCUGUAAGGCAAUGCGCCCUACAUACUUUAGACUGUCUAAUGCCAGACGAUUUUACUUGUCAGGGGGAGAGUAGUGCCACUGAAUCGGUUAACUAAUCUCACAUACACGAAAAUGAGGGUCCAUAGCCCGGCUCUAUAGCCAAAAUGGCAUGCUUUGCAGAAAGGUGUAUUGGAAAACUACAUUGCUAUUCUGAAUAUCAAGCAAAAUAUUUAGUGAAUUAUGUUUGUGUGACAUUGGUGUUGACUAAUAUGCUGACUGAUAAAGCUGACAAUUUUACUCUCCAAAAGGCCAAUACUCUUUCCCAGUAACAUGCAAGACUCUCCCCUUAACAAGUAAAAUUGUCUGACAUUAGACAGAGUAUCAUUAAUAAAGCCAGUUGCAUGUGGGUGGAGCAUUACAGCUCAAUGGGUGAGCAGGUUUAUCAAGGUGCGACAUAAUACACCAUCCCCAGUAUUAAUAAUUAAGUGCAUAGCCUACUGGCUCUAACUUCUAUCAAUCAAGGAAUUUACUUACACUUUUACAUUUAAACCAGGAGGUAUUUUUCGGUGGUGUGUUCCCAGAAGUACGAUAUGAAGUGUGGCCAUUCCUACUGCAUUACUAUCCCUUCCACUCGAGAGCUUCUGAUAGAAAAAGCAUAAGAGAAAAGAAGAUGAAAGAAUACUCAGACCUCAACAAAAAAAGGUAA